CAAUAAAUUAAUCAAUCUAAAUUACUAGAUUUAUAGUAACGAAAGUGAGCCACGCUACUCCGCGUCUCUCCGCCCUCUGCGUCUUCCUCGCCUGACUGCAUACCGAAUUUGAGGCGUAAAUUGCAUUUCAAUUGCAGUUAACAGCAGUGGCCCGCACCAGACAACCAACGCGUGAGAUCAGCCAGCGCCGAGAUAAAAUGCAGAACCAGCCCAGCCCACAGUUGCCAUGCAAGGGCAUUUUAAAGACUUCUCGCAGCUUCGACAAGUCAGGCGCCAGUUUUCGAAAAAGUGCCAAGUUCGAUGAGCUGAACGUGCUGCAGACGUUCCAUCCGGCGGACAAGGACUACGGGCAUAUGAAAAUCGAUGAGCCAAAAACCCCAUACUACGAAGAAACCAGGGACGAGCUGGACACAGAACUACUGGUGGAGAAACUGCGCAUAGCGGCCAGCUCACAACAGACUUCCGAGAGCAUUGAGGACGAGGGUUCUUCCGGCGACGACCUCCCAAUGAGCGAGGAGGAGAGACAACGGCGCCGUGAGUUCGAGCGGCGUCGCAAGGCCCAUUAUCGGGAAUUCGAGGCAGUUAAGCUGGCCCGAAAGCUGAUACAGGAGGAAGACGACGAUGACGAUGAGGAUAAGAAUGCCGUCGACACCUCCGACAGCAGACCGUCGGGUUCCCAGCAAGGCUCUUCCACCUCCAGCCGAUAUGCAAGCAGUUCGGCGAAAAAGGCCAGCUCAAAUGCAACAAAAUCCCCGUCUACCAGCAGCAACAUGGACCUGGAGCCAUCAAACAACUAGAAGCAAUAUCACUAAUGUUUACCUAGCCAACGGCCCAGGCCGAAGUUGACGUUCAAUAUUGAUGGCGGCAGCUCAUCACAAAAAAAAGAACAAGAAAACAUUUAAAUGAAAAAAAAGAAACGAAAUUAUAUCAAGUGCUGUGGCCCCUGAGUGAGAAGUGGACCGGAAUGAGGAUGGGAACGUGAGCGAGAUCGACAAGGAGAAGGAGAAGGGGAGCACUCGUGAUUAAUUGAAUUUGCUUAUUGCAUUGCAAACCAACAGCAAAACCGUCGCGAAAUGUUUGUCAUCAAGUAAAUCACUCACACACACUCACAUACAGUCAGACACCACAAAUCAAUGGAAUUUUUGCCACGUGAUCAAUGAUUAUAGAACAAGAGCAAAUAUAAUGAUCGCAUGCCCAUCAGGCCCAUCGCGCUGCUGCUGCUGCUGCUACUGCAGCAAUUCAAAUUGUGGUCAACAUGUUUUCAAUUUGUAGCUCCAUUUGCAUUUAGUUUUCCAUAAGAGUACAGACGGGGAUGAGGAUAAAAGUGCCACAAGUAAGCCAACGCUCGCCCGAAUCGGAUCGGAUCGGAUCGCAUGAGAGUGGAUGCGAUGCGUGAAUACCAUUUAGAGUACCAGUUGUUGUAACUAACGUUGACAUUGAUUCGGCCUUACGUUUAGUAACUUAUUAAUACAAUACUAUUAUGAUUACAAUUAAGUUUUAGCCAUCAAAUGCGAAAGUUUCAAUAAAACAGAACCCAACCCAAUCGAAAAG